AGUGCCUACAAAUUGAUGGAACUGCCCGCUCUCUCCACCUCGGUGGCAAUGGUGGGAGAUGCUCGCUAUCCCUUCCCCACCGUGGAUGUCCCAGACCAUGCCCACUACACCAUCGGCUCCGUCAUCCUAGCUGUGGGCAUCACUGGCAUGGUGGGCAACUUCCUGGUCAUUUACGCCUUCUGCAAGAGCAGAGGCCUGCGCACGCCUUCCAACAUGUUCAUCAUCAAUCUGGCCAUCGCCGACUUCCUGAUGUGCAUCACGCAGACGCCUACCUUCUUCACCAACAGCAUGCACAAGCGCUGGGUCUUUGGGGAGAGAGCCUGUGAGUUCUAUGCCUUCUGCGGGGCUCUGUUCGGGAUUUGCUCCAUGAUUACCCUCAUGGUCAUCGCAGUGGACCGCUACUUUGUGAUCACCCGGCCACUGGCGUCCAUUGGGAAGAUGUCCCGCAAGCGAGCCCUGCUCAUCCUGGCAGCGGCCUGGAUUUACUCCAUGGGCUGGAGUCUGCCUCCUUUCUUUGGAUGGAGUGCCUAUGUCCCAGAGGGCCUGAUGACUUCCUGCUCGUGGGACUACAUGACCUUCACUCCAUCAGUGAGGGCCUACACCAUGCUCCUCUUCACCUUCGUCUUCUUCAUCCCCCUCUUCGUCAUCAUCUACUGCUACUUCUUUAUCUUCCGCGCCAUCCGCAACACCAACAGGGCGGUGGGAAGAAUCAAUGGGGAGAGCACGAAAGACUCUGUGAGGAGGUUCAACCACAUGCAGAACGAGUGGAAGAUGGCGAAGGUGGCUCUCAUCGUCAUCCUCCUUUAUGUCAUCUCCUGGUCGCCAUACUCGUGUGUGGCACUCACUGCCUUUGCUGGCUAUGCAGACAAACUCACACCAUACAUUCAUUCUGUGCCGGCGGUGAUUGCCAAGGCCUCUGCCAUCCACAACCCCAUAAUCUACGCCAUCACACAUCCCAAGUACAGGUCAGCCAUCGCUAAGUAUAUCCCGUGGCUGGGCGUGAUCAUGUGUGUCCCGCGCCGAGACCGCUUCGCCAGCAGCAGCUUCAUGUCCACCCGCCGCUCCACCGUCACCAGCCAGUCGUCCGAGAACAGCAACUACCACCGCACCGUCAAGCCUUGCCUGUCCUCCGUGUCCGACAGCGAGUCGGGGUGGACAGAUCUGGACGGAGAUCUCUCCAGCAUGGGUUCUCGUCCGGUCAGUCGGCAGAUGUCCUGUGACGUGCCGAGACGGGACACUGCGGAGCUGGUCAACCUGAGGCCCACCAGCUCGCUCAAGGUCAAAGUGCAUCGUCUCGAUUCCGGCACCGCGGACAAGAAGUCGGGCCAAAGCCCAACAGAAGUGGGUCGCAGCCGGUCUCAUGCUUACGUCACUACCCUGAUGGAUGCAGACGCCGUCUCCCUGACUGACGUCACCGUGGCCAGUCGUCUACCCUCACUGCCGGACUGUGAAGGCUUCUACGGCAACGCUGCAGAGCAGGGCACGAGUAGAAGUGUGCAGUGGCUCUUCUCCCGCAUGGCUCACUCUGUUGCAGGUGGACAGGGGCCCUAG